CCCAGGGCAAGAGAGCGAGAGGGACGGCGGCCUCCUACGAGUAGGUGUUACCCUGCCUUCGCGGGAGAGGCACUCGAGACCCUGGCCGUUCGCUCAGGCUUCCUAGUCCCCGCGUGCCCCUAUGGGGGCCCCGGCGCCCGCGUUCUGCCUGCUAGUCGCUUGCGUCUGGCUGCCCCGGAGUGAGCCGGCAGGGGAGUCCCUGCCGCUACAGCCUCUCGCCGCAGCACCCGCACCCUGGGGCAAUGCAGAGCUGCAGCCUGAGCCAGCCCAGGAUCCCAGCCACAGCCAUCAGGAGGCGAUCCUUGCCAUAGGGGAUGCCACAACAGUGAUGGGAGGCCAGGAGGCUGAAGCCCUGGACUCCUUGGCCAUGUCUUCCUGGGAAAGACGACUCCAUCGGGCCAAAUGUGCACCUUCUUACUUGUUCUCCUGCUUCAACGGGGGUGAGUGUGUGCACCCGGCCUUCUGCGACUGCAGACGCUUCAAUGCCACUGGGCCGCGCUGCCAGAUGGUGUACAAUGUCGGCCCUGAACGGGACAGCAUCUGCCGGGCAUGGGGACAGCAUCACGUGGAGACGUUUGAUGGCCUCUACUACUACCUGUUUGGGAAGGGCAGCUACACCCUGGUGGGGCGCCAUGAACCCGAGGGGCAGACCUUCUCAGUCCAGGUGCACAACGACCCGCAGUGUGGCUCUUUUCCCUACACCUGCUCCAGGUCUGUCAGCCUCUUCUUAGCGGGUGAGCAGGAGAUCCAUCUGGCCAAGGAGGUCACCCGUGGAGGCAUAAGGGUCCAGCUGCCACAUGUGAUGGGGAGCAUGCGCCUGCAGCGGCUUGCUGGCUAUGUCCUCGUGCGGCAUCAGUCGGCCUUCACGCUGGCCUGGGAUGGCACCUCGGCUGUCUACAUUAAAAUGAGCCCAGAGUUCCUGGGCUGGACCCAUGGGCUGUGUGGGAACAACAAUGCCGACCCCCAGGACGACCUGGUGACCAGCUAUGGGAAGCUGACGGAAGAUGUGGCUGAAUUUGUGCACAGCUGGCAGGAGCAGGCCCCCAACCAGCCUCCAGGGCCCACGACCUCUUCUCUGCCUCGCCCUCCAUGCCUGCAGCAGAGCCUGGGAACCAUGCAGGGUGUGUAUGACCGCUGUGAGGCACUGCUGCGGCCCCCCUUUGAUGCCUGCCAUGCCUAUGUCAGCCCUCUGCCCUUCACGGCCAGCUGUACCAGCGAUCUCUGCCAAUCAGCGGGUGAUGAAGCCACCUGGUGCCGGGCGCUGGCAGAGUAUGCCCGGGCAUGUGCCCAGGCAGGUCAGCCCCUGCAGGGGUGGAGGAACCAGCUCCGGCCAUGCGCGGUGCACUGCAAGGAGAAGGCCUUUAUCUACAACGAGUGCAUCGCCUGCUGCCCCGCCUCCUGCCAGCCCCGGGCAUCCUGCGUGGACAGCGAGAUAACCUGUGUGGAUGGCUGCUACUGCCCCGACGGGCUGAUCUUCGAGGAUGGGGGCUGCGUGGCACCAGCUGAGUGUCCCUGUGAGUUCCAUGGGACCCUGUACCCAACUGGUUCUGUGGUGAAAGAAGACUGCAACACCUGCACAUGCACUGCGGGCAAGUGGCUGUGCAGCACAUCUGUCUGCCCAGCCGAGUGUUCAGUGACUGGCGACAUCCACUUCACGACCUUUGAUGGCCGCCGCUACACGUUCCCUGCCACGUGUCAGUACAUCCUCGCCAAGAGCCGCUCCUCGGGCACCUUCACAGUGACACUGCAGAAUGCCCCAUGUGGCCUGAACCAGGAUGGAGUCUGUGUCCAGUCAGUGUCAGUGAUUCUGCAUCAGGACCCUCGGAGGCAGGUGACCCUGACCCAAGCAGGAGAUGUCCUUCUGUUUGACCAGUACAAGGUCACCCCACCCUACACAGACGACGCCUUUGAAAUCCGGAGGCUCUCGUCCGUGUUCCUGCGCGUGAGGACCAACGUGGGUGUGCGGGUGCUCUACGACCGCGAAGGACCGCGGCUGUACCUGCAGGUGGACCAGCGAUGGGUAGAAGACACUGUGGGCCUCUGCGGCACCUUCAACGGCAACACGCAGGACGACUUCCUGUCCCCAGUGGGUGUGCCUGAGAGCACCCCACAACUCUUUGGCAAUUCUUGGAAAACACUGUCCGCCUGCUUCCCGCUGGUCUCUGGCUCCCCGGUGGACCCCUGUGAUGUGCACCUGCAAGCCGCCUCCUACGCCCUGCAGUCCUGCAGCGUGCUCACUGGGGAGCUGUUUGCGCCCUGCUCUGCGUACCUGAGCCCUGUGCCCUACUUUGAGCAGUGCCGCCGGGACACUUGCCGCUGUGGGCAGCCCUGCCUGUGUGCCACGCUAGCCCACUAUGCCCGCCUGUGCCAGCGCCAUGGGCUCCCCGUCGACUUCCGUGCCCACCUGCCAGCCUGUGCACUGUCCUGUGAGGCUACCAAGGAGUACAGCCCCUGUGUGGCUCCGUGUGGACAAACCUGCCAGGACCUAGCCGGCCCUGAGGCCUGUGGAGUUGAUGGUGGCGGCGACCUCAGCGGGGACGAGUGUGUGGAGGGCUGUGCCUGCCCACCAGACACCUAUCUGGACACCCAGGCUGACCUCUGUGUUCCCAGGAACCGGUGCUCCUGCCACUUCCAAGGAAUGGAUUAUCCCCCUGGAGACAGUGACAUCCCAUCUCUAGGCCACUGCCACUGCAAAGAUGGGGUCAUGAGCUGUGGUAGCAGAGCCCCAGCUGCUGCCUGUCCAGCAGGCCAGGUCUUCGUGAACUGCAGUGACCUGCACACCGACCCUGAGCUGAGCAGAGAGAGGACGUGUGAGCAGCAGUUGCUGAACCUGAGCCUGAGCGUGCCAGCCCGUGGCCCCUGCCUCUCGGGAUGCGCCUGUCCCCAAGGCCUGCUCAGACACGGGGAUGCCUGUUUCCUGCCAGAGGAGUGCCCAUGCACUUGGAAGGGGAAGGAGUACUUCCCUGGGGACCAGGUCAUGUCUCCCUGCCAUUCCUGUGUGUGCCAGCACGGCUCGUUCCAGUGCGCCCUCCACCCCUGUGCCUCCACCUGCACCGCCUAUGGCGACCGGCAUUACCGCACGUUUGAUGGGCUCCCAUUUGACUUCGUGGGAGCGUGCAAAGUGCACCUGGUCAAGAGCACAUCAGAUUUCAGCUUCUCUGUGACUGUAGAGAACGUAAACUGCUACAGCUCUGGCAUCACCUGCAGGAAAUUUAUUUCCAUCAACGUCGGGAACUCACUCAUCGUCUUCGAUGACGACUCAGGAAAUCCCAGUCCGGAGAGCUUCCUGGAUGAGAAGCAGGAGGUCCACACGUGGCGAGCAGGGUUUUUCACGCUGGUGCAUUUCCCACGGGAACACGUCACCCUCUUAUGGGACCAGAGAACCACGGUGCACAUUCAGGCGGGGCCACAGUGGCAGGGCCAGCUGGCAGGACUCUGUGGGAACUUUGACUUAAAGACCAUCAAUGAGAUGAGGACCCCAGAGAAGUUAGAGUUAACUAACCCCCAGGAGUUUGGUGGCAGUUGGGCUACAGUUGAGUGCCCAGACACCCUCGACCCCCGAGACACAUGUGUCCUGAAUCCUCUCCGAGAACCCUUUGCCAAAAAGGAGUGCAGCAUCCUGCUCAGCGAGGUGUUUGAGACCUGCCACCCUGUGGUCGAUGUCACUUGGUUUUACUCAAACUGCCUGACAGACACAUGUGGGUGCAGCCGGGGCGGUGACUGUGAGUGCUUCUGUGCCAGCGUGUCUGCCUAUGCCCACCAGUGCUGCCAGCAUGGGGUGGCCGUCGAUUGGAGGACCCCGCACCUUUGCCCACAUGACUGUGACUUCUUUAACAAAGCACUAGGUAAGGGCCCCUACCAGCUGGCCAGCUUGGCAGCCAGUGGUGCCCUGGUGGCCAUGAAGGUGGCAGGUGCUGCCAUAGUCCUAGUGAGAGCAGAGGAUGUGGCGCCGGGGGACAUUGUGAACUUCCUGCUGACGGCUGCCCUCUACAAGGCCAAGGCCCACGACCCAGAUGUGAUAUCCUUGGAGGCAGCGGACAGACCCAACUUCUUCCUCCACGUCAUGGCCAACGGGUCUCUGGAGCUGGCCAAGUGGCAGGCCAGCGAUGCCUUCCACCACCAUGCCUCCUUCUCGCUGCACUCGUGGCGUGCGGGCCUGGUGGCCCUCGAGUCCCUGGCGGAGCCUGGGGCCUUCCUUUACGUGUUGGGCCCAGUGCUGGCCCUCCGACUGUACGAGCACACGGAGGCCUUCCGCCGGGGCACGCUGUUCCGCCUUCUGGAUGCCAAGCGCUCAGGGGCUCCCUACCCCACCUGUGAGUGGCACUACGAUGCCUGUGCCAGCCCCUGCUUCCAAACCUGCCAGGACCCACGGGCAGCCAGCUGCCAGGAUGUGCCCAGGGUGGAAGGCUGUGUGCCUGUGUGCCCCACCCCCAGGGUCCUGGAUCAAGUCACACAGAGAUGCGUCUACUUGGAGGACUGUGUGGAGCCUAUGGUUUUGGUUCCCACGGAGGCCUUUGGCAACGAGACCCUGCCUCCCGGUCAAGAGCUGCCCACCCCCAGUGACGAGGAGCUGCAGUUUCCACAGGAAGCUCCCGGGGCCCCAUCCCACAGGCCAGCACCCACGCCAGCUAUCCCGCUCACCACGGCCCUGAACGCACCCGUGGCAGCCACUGAGGGGCCAGCUCUGUCUCCAGGCCCCACCCAGACCACUCAGAAGCAGCCACCGGGGGUCACUGCAUUUAACGUCCCUGAGCACCCCACAGAGGCCCCAGCCAGCACGGGAGUGACCGCCAGCCACCUGGCCACCCCUCGUGUCCCAGAGCCCUCAUCCCUUCCCCUUUCACAGCAGAUGCCCACAUCAGGCAUGGGGUCGGGUGCCAUGGAGACGACCAGGGUGACUGUGAUCUUUGCGGGAAGCGUCAACAUCACAGUCUCCUCCCUGUCACCCCCUGCACCUCGCUUCCCUCUCGUGACCAAAGCCAUGACGGUCCUAGGCCUUGGCUCCUUGCCUGUUAAGACGACACCCCUCCAGCCCUCCCCGAGCCUGGAGUUGCCCGCAAGUCCCUCCUCCAGGCCUGUGGCUUCCCCUGCAGUGACCUCCAGGCCUCCCACUUCCUCAGGAUCCCACGAGGCUUUGCCGACACCAUCAAUAACGGAGGUCAUGACGGGGACAGGGAUCCCCCGUCCCGUACAGUCCCAGAGCAUUUCCAGUCCCAGCAGCCCCCCAGCUGAGUCUAGAACAGCCGCAGAACAGAUUCCUGCCAGUCCCCUGGUGACUGAGAUGGUGGAGACAGCGCCAUCCACAGAGAAGGUCCAACCUGGGCCCAGCCAGGCCACGGGCCCACCAGCAUCCCCACUGCCAAGCCCAUUCCCCACGGCCCCGCUCCACCCCGCUCCGCAUGCCACCGCAGCCGCCAGGCCUCCCGCUCUGCCCUCGGGGCCUGUAACUGCCGCCAGCCUGUCCACAGUCGCUCGUGGGCUGGGGGCCACACCCUUCACAUCUCUGGAGUCAACUCGGCAGCCCCAGCUCCUCUCUGGUCUGCCUCCCGACACCAGCCUGCCCCUGGCCAAGGUGGGCACGUCUGCCCCAGUGGCCACGCCCGGCCCCAGCGUCUCUGCCAUCCCCCCUCCACUGCAGCAACAGGCCGCAUCUCCCGCCGUGGCCACGACUCUGCCUGCUCGGACACUCAGUCCCGCACUGCCUCUCACCCAGGCUGUCCUGGCCCAGGUGCACCCGCCCAGUCAUGUGGUCCCUCAGGCAACAGGCACAGCUCCAGACCUGCUUCUGGGGGCCACGCUGCCAGCCUCUGGGGUCGUGGCUGUGGCUCUGGCUGGGGGGGUGGCCUCCACAGUAUCUGCUGCUGGCCCACGAAAGAGCACCACGGAGAAGAUGGCCAUCCUGUCCGAGCAAGUGUCUCAGCCCACCUGGAUAUAUGGCUCUGCCCAGGGGGGCCCCACAGAGCUCACGCCUGCUGUGGCCCACACUGCUGCUACCUUGGUGACGGAGGCUGAGGGCCCCUGGGCUGGCACAGUACCACUGGUGCCCACGUCCUACCCACUGAGCAGAGUCUCAGCCAGGACGGCCUCCCGAGAGAGCUCGCUGGUUCUGCUCCCCCAGCUGGCUGAGGCGCAUGGCACCUCGGCAGGACCUCAGCCCCAAGCAGAGCCGGAGGGAGAGGCUACCACCGAGCAAUCUGGGCGCUCGGCUCCAGCCCAGAGCAUCUCGGCAGGUCCGGCCGAGUCCUUGGCCACCACCACUGAAGCCAGUACAUCUGAAAUCUGUGUCCCAAUCGCCGAGCAGGACUGCGUCCGCCACAUCUGCCUGGAGGGCCAACUGAUCCGAGUGAACCAGUCCCAGCACUGUCCCCAGGGCACUGCACCUCCUAGCUGUGGGGUCCUGGGCCUCGCAGUGAGGGUGGGCGGUGACCGCUGCUGCCCCUUCUGGGAGUGUGCCUGCCGGUGCUCAAUCUUCCCUGAUCUGAGCUUUGUCACCUUCGACGGGAGCUAUGUAGCCCUGUUCAAGGAGGCCAUCUACAUCCUCAGCCAGAGCCCCGAUGAAAUGGUCACUGUUCACGUCCUCGACUGCAAAAGUGCCAACCUGGGGCACCUGAACUGGCCGCCAUUCUGCCUGGUGAUGCUGAAUGUGACUCACCUGACCCAUCAGGUCACCAUUGACCGCUUCAACCGGAAGGUGUUUGUGGACUUGCAGCCUGUGUGGCCCCCUGUGAGCAGGUACGGGUUCACAAUUGAGGACACAGGACACAUGUAUGUGAUCCGGACACCAUCACACAUCCAGAUCCAGUGGCUCCACAGCUCAGGACUCAUGAUCCUGGAGGCCAGCAAAGCCAGCCAAGCCCAGGGCCGUGGACUCUGCGGUAUCUGUGAUGGGGACGCAGCCAAUGACCUCACCCUGGAGGAUGGCUCUGUGGUGGGUGAGGCCGAGGACCCUGCUCCCUUUCUGGACAGCUGGCAGGUGCCCAGCUCCCUGACCUCGGUGGGCCAGACCCGCUUCCGCCCGGACAGCUGUGCCACGGCCGACUGCUCUCCCUGCCUUCGCAUGGUGUCCAACCACACAUUCAGCGUCUGCCACCGCUUUGUCACCCCGGAGUCAUUCUGUGAGCUGUGGAUCCGGGACACCAAGUACUUGCAGCAGCCCUGCGUGGCACUGACCGUGUACGUGGCCAUGUGCCACAAGUUCCACGUGUGCAUCAAGUGGCGACGCUCCGACUACUGCCCCUUCCUGUGCCCCAGCGACUCCACAUACCAGGCAUGUGUGGCAGCCUGUGAGCCCCCUGAGACGUGCCAGGAUGGGUUGCUGGGCCCGCUGGACCCAGAGCAGUGCCAGGUGCUGGGCGAGGGCUGUGUCUGCUCUGAGGGCACUAUCUUGCACCGGCGCCGCUCGGGGUUCUGCAUCCCCGAGGAGAAGUGCGCCUGCACGGACAGCACGGGGGUGCCGCGGGCCCUGGGGGAGACCUGGAACAGCUCCCUCAGUGGCUGCUCUCAGCACCAGUGCCAAGCUCCGGACACCAUCGUCCCAGUGGGACCAGGCUGCCCAGACCCCCGCCCUGAAAUCUGCCCGCGCUUCGGGGAGGUGGCUUUGCUCCUGCCCACCGAGGAUCCCUGCUGCCUGGGGACUGUUUGCGUGUGUAACCAGACUCUGUGUGAGGGCCUCGCCCCCACCUGCAGCCCAGGCCACCGACUCCUCACCCACUUCCAGGAGGACUCCUGCUGCCCCAGCUACAGCUGUGAGUGUGACCCAGACCUGUGUGAGGCAGAGCUGGUCCCCAGCUGUCGCCAGGACCAGACCCUGAUUGCUGGCCGCCUGGGGGAUUCGUGCUGCAUCUUCUACUUCUGUGUCUGUGGCGACUGUCCAGAUCCCAUCCCCGAGUGUCAGGAAGGGGAGGCGCUCACCGUGGACAGGAACACCACGGAGCUCUGCUGCCCUCUGUACCAGUGUGUGUGUGAGAGCUUCCGCUGUCCCCACAUACAGUGUGUCACGGGCACUGUCCUGGUGGAGGUGUGGAGCCCAGACCGCUGCUGCCCCUACAAGUCCUGUGAGUGUGACUGCGACACAAUCCCAGUGCCCCGGUGCCAUCUGUGGGAGAUGUCCCAGCUGGACGAGGCGUUCAUGCAGAGCGAGGAGAACGUGUGUGGCUGCACCAAAUACGAGUGUGUGAAGGCCCCCGUGUGUCUGAGCCGCGAGCUGGGGGUGAUGCAGCUGGGCCAGACGGUGGUGGAGGUCUCGGCAGAAGGCGUGUGCCACACAUCCCGCUGCACCACCGUGCUUGACCCUCUUACCGGCUUCUACCAGAUCAACACCGCCUCCGUGCUGUGUGACGUCCACUGUGAGGCGAACCAGGAGUAUGAGCACCCGAGGGACCUGGCGGCCUGCUGCGGCUCCUGCAGGAACGUGUCCUGCCUCUUCACUUUCCCCAAUGGCACCACCUCCCUGUUCUUGCCCGGGGCAUCCUGGAUCGCAGACUGCACCCGCCACCACUGCAGCAGCACACCCCUGGGCGCCGUGCUCGUCCGCUCGCCCAUCAGCUGCCCACCACUCAACGAGACCGAGUGUGCCAAGGCUGGGGGCUCGGUGGUACCUUCCUUGGAAGGAUGCUGCAGGACAUGUUCCCCGGGGACCCUGUUUCCUGUGGUCCCCGUUAGUCCCGCCUCUCCUCCAUGGGUUAGUGUCCACUGCCACCCAGGUAAAGAGGAUGGACGCUCUUGCAAGAAGGUGGCUAUCCGCAUGACCAUCCGCAAGAAUGAAUGCAGGAGCAACACCCCCGUGAACCUAGUGUCCUGCGAUGGGAGGUGUCCGUCCGCCAGCAUCUACAACUACAACAUCAACAUCUUCGCCCGCUUCUGCAGGUGCUGCCGCGAGGUGGGCCUGCAGCGGCGUUCUGUGCAGCUCUUCUGUGCCGCCAACGCCACCUGGGUGCCCUACAUAGUGCAGGAGCCCACUGACUGUGCCUGCCAGUGGUCCUGAGACCUGGGGGUGGGGCGGGCUGGACCACUUUCUGCUUCCAGCUGACCCAGUGUAGGGUGGACGGGGGGCACUAAAGGUGUGGAGAGCUGGUACAUGCUGAGCAUGGAAUGGCGGGCAGAGACACAGAGAGUGACUGGAACGGGCCACACCGGCCCAUCCUGGCUCCCUCUCUGGGCUCCCCCUCCUCCACAUAUGGGAGAGUGCCACAGCUUGGGGCUCAGGGAACUCAGCUCUGUCCCUGGCUUGAGGUCUGGGAAGGGCCCUCAGUCAGGGGCAUCAGCCCCUGCACAUCUGGGACUCUGGCUGCAGUGCUUUGGUAGAGGGGGUAAGAGUUUUCCUGAGAAGCCGGGAUCAGGGCUGGACCCAAGACCCAGUGGAGGGGCCAGAUGUGGUGGCUCAUUCUCUUUCUCGGCCCUUUUGACCACGGAAGAACCACAGACUCAGUAAAAGGAAAGGGGGCUUAAAUUGAAACAUCCAGGUCUGUGUAUUGCUGCCCAGGAGGACUUCCCAGAAGCAAAGAGGGUGGGUUCCCAGGCGACGUGCUUUCACCAAUGUCUGUGAGGUCAGUUCUGGAGACUGGGGAGUAGACUCAGUGAGCUUUAAGCCCCCUGUAGCCCCAAGAGGGAUGCCCUGGUAUUCUGUUAUUGACCUUGCAAUUCAGGAAAGGAUUUAGAAGAGCAGGGCCACGGCUGCUCCAUACUCACCUACUCCCAUCCCUCAAAACCAGCCUCCCUGGCCAGUGGGCUGGCUCUGCUGAGGUGUGGUGGAUGAGUUGUGCUGGACCCUCCUCAGUGAGGGUCCGACUCAUCCCCAUGUGGGUGGACAGCCCACCCCUCUGAGGGCCCUAGGGUGUUUAAUGAUACCUUCAGCUUGCAAGGGCAGACCCUGGCUUUACAAUGUGCCUCUUCUCCAAGAACAUAGCAGAGUUGGUCUCUGGAGGGGCCCGAGUGUGAGUUUUGUGGCUCAGCCAGUUCUCAGCUUUCUACUUCAUGGGAUUGUCCAGCAGGAGAGCAAUAGUCAGUGGAAAAUGCAGGCCCUGUGCGUGUGCAGCCGCCUCUGAGCGUUUCUCAGAGCCUUGCCUCUGAACCAGUGUGUCCUUCCUAAAGCCAGCCUAGGGCCCCCUCCACACCCCACCCUGUAGCCCUCUGACCCUACAUACCUCUUUGUGCUGCUGGGUCCAAAGGGCAUGAACAUGAGGUUGUUCAGAUGCCAGCACUGCCCUGUAUGUCUGGAGAUGUGUGGCUGCCCUGGUACCCCUAGGAUUGGGGUUGGGGCCCAGUGCCAGGACGGCCCCCAGCUGUUCUUGCAGCGUCUUUGUUCCUGUAUCUGUGUUCUGUUUAUAUAUCCAAUAAACCACAGGAAGACAUCA